UUUUUCAAAGAUCACUCGCGUGCCGCCACUCAAAGCCGACGGAUGUGCCGUUUUUGCGAGGUUCGCUAGCGCAGCAAACAGCACACGAAACAGUCACGGCGCCGCCGCCUUACCCAUCGCUUUUGCUCGGCUUUGCAUCCUUUUUAUUAUCGUGCGCGGCUGGCCAAAACCAGUUCGCCAGUGAAAGCAACCCCUCGCCGCUUCGCCGCCCCGCCCGAAUUCUUCUUCGCACAUUCCGGCGUGCUCCCGCGCGUAAAGCGCACUCCAGAGCGCGGUCGUCAUCGUCAGUCGUUCGGUGUCCAUUCACGAAUUCGGUCGCAAAGCCGGCAACAAACAAGCAAAGCCUUGCCUAGCCAAGUCUCGCAUAGACUUCAAGCGAAGGCUUCAAGUGCAUAUACAAUACGUUCAAACAUUUUCGCGUUAUAUCGUGCGUGCUGUGUUCUUAGUGUAGGCUAUCCAGCAAGUGUGAACAGUGGUGAAAGAUGUGCAAAACGAACGUCGUGAACGAAUUAUGAGAACAAACCACUAGCCUGGGUGAAGCAUUUAAAGCAGCAGUGCUGAUAUUAAACACGAAUUUUCAGUGAUUUUGUGUCGUUAUUGUUGAUAGCUCGAAUGAGCCUAGUUCUUUGCAAAAACAUUUUAAACAAGCGUAACUUCUUCCGCAAGUGACUCGCCCUGGUGCUGGUGUAUUACAACGCGAAGGGUUUGGAACCCUUCCCUCGGUGGCAUACAGUGUCAGCGACUUGUAGUGUGGUGAAAACACACAUUUCAGUGUAUUUUUGUGAGUGUUUGUGUGGAAUUACUUCCAACAUUCAGUGAUAGCAGUGAUAUCACCUGAACAACCUCUCCACUGCGGGAAGCGCAACUGAACCUGCUGCCAACCGCUUGCCACGGAACCAUACACCGACAACGGAGCAACUACGGACCUAGCAAGUGACAAGGCAGUAAUGGCUUUGUCGCUUCUGCAGGACGCUCAAACAGCAAGAGGAUUAGACGCCGUCCGUACGUUGCAAGGUAUGAACCGUGACGAGGAGCGCAGCCUGUCGGUAUCGCCACCGCUCACCGGCCAGCGCCAGCAGCACCAUCUCGCCAUGAGCUUCCAGCACACGCCCUCCCUGUACGGUGGGUUCCACCCGGCGACCGCGUCCGCCAUGGGCAUGCUCGCGCCCCAGCUGCUCGCCGCCAACCAGACGGCCGCCGCCCUAAUGGCCGCCGGUCUGCCCAUGUCCCUGCGGGCAUCGCUCGCCACCGGCCUGUUCCCCCCGCAUGCCGCCCUGUUCGGUGCGUGGGCACCACCGACGCCGACCAGCAACAACAGCAGCCCACCGCCGCCCCAGAGCCCGAUCUCGCCCGCCCUCAGCCACAAGAGCUCCAAAUCCCUCAAGCUGAGUGUCGCCAACAACAACAACAACAGCAGCAGCACAAACAACAAUCACAUCGUGUCCACCACCUCGGAGAUUGUGCCGCAGACGAAGAAGCUGACCAAGCGCAAGCACCAGGCCUCGCUGCGGAAGGAAUUGUCUGCGGCGGCGGCCCAGCACCACCAGCAACAACAGCACCACCAUCACCACCAUCUGCAGCAUCUGUUGCGUUCGCCAAGCCAUUCGCACCAUCUCUCGAUGCCGGUCGACAUCCCGGUCAGCCCGGGACCGAUCUCGCCCCCGACCUCCGGCUCAUCCCCCCAGUCGAACGGGAGCGUCGAGCUGCCGGCAACGAUCACCACCACGACCGGGGCGGCCGGUGCCGCCGCCGGCAUCAACAACUCCUCCUCCUCCACCUCCUGCUCGUCGGUGGCGUCGCGGGAUCCGUCGCGCGACAAGGUGUUUACCUGCAAGAUCUGCAGCCGCUCGUUCGGCUACAAGCACGUACUGCAGAACCACGAGCGGACGCACACGGGCGAAAAGCCGUUCGAGUGUCCGGAGUGCCACAAGCGGUUCACGCGCGACCACCAUCUCAAGACGCACAUGCGGCUGCACACGGGCGAAAAGCCGUACUCCUGCACGCACUGCGACCGGCAGUUCGUGCAGGUGGCGAACCUGCGCCGGCAUCUGCGGGUGCACACCGGCGAGAAGCCGUACGAGUGCGAGAUGUGCGACCAGAAGUUCAGCGACUCGAACCAGCUGAAGGCGCACAUGCUCAGCCACAGCGGCCAGAAACCGUUCCACUGUGAUAGGUGCAACUCGAGCUACCGGCGGCGGCACCAUCUGCUGCACCACAAGUGCGGCCUGCCGAGCCCGCCGACGCCCGCGGUCAGCCCGGCGGCGAGCGGCGACCAGCUGUCCGACCAUGCCAAGUCCGUGUGCGGCGGGUCCGAAUCGAGCGACCUGUCGCUCGACCGGCUGACGAAGAUUCCGACCCCGCCCGGCAUGCUGCUGCACCACAAGUUCCCCGGCCUAACGCUGCCGCUCAGCUUCGGCCCGCUGCCGGCGGGCGAUGGGGCGAAGGCGGACGCGGCCUCGGCGAUGGAUCUGCGCGCCACCAGCCGGUCCCGCACGCCGCAGCAGAUCGUGCACAUCAAGAGCGAGCUGCCGGAGCAGACGGAGCCGGAAGAUCUGAGCAUGCAUUCGCCCCGCUCGCCCGUCUCGAUGGAGGAGCUGGACGAGCUGGACGAUGCGGCGACACUCUACCUCAAGCAGCGCCAGCAGCUGCUGCAGCAGCAGAACAGCAACGCCACCGGAUGGAGCUGUAAGGCGGAGCACAGCAGGGAAGCAUAACCAAAAAAACAAAACAAAACGUAAAGCACUAUCGACACACACACACACACACACACAAACACACACCUCAAGAUGCCAAUCUAUUAACUAAACUAAAGAGUUACUAUUAAGAAGAGUCACACACUUACGCGUGUUGGAGUACGAUGAUACGGACGGUUAUUAUUAGGAGAAUUUAUCUAAACAAACACACACACACAUACACAUCUUAGAGAAGAAUAUGUGUGUUUUGCAUAGAGAGAAAGAGAGAAAGAGAGAAAGAGAGAGUGAGAGAGAGAAAGGGAGCGAAAGGACUUCUUCCUGAAACUGAACCACUUCUCGAAGUUGUAUAUAAUAUAUCAAUGUAUGAGCCUUUGAAAUCUCGAUGUACAAAGUAAUUUUAACACGUUAUCCUUUCACUGAUCUUUUCACACAUCCUCCCUUUAAUAUCUCUCUCUCUCUCUCUCUCACUUUCUCUCUUUCUCAAACGAUUUUACAACAAAUAAACAAAGAACAUCCCAAAAUCAAGUCAAACACUCCAAACGUUGCAAAAGGGAGCUUGAAGCAAAUCUAAUACGCUCUUAACUUAAGCGGACAUACUUUUUGGUUAAUUUUUUGCUAACAAUAUACACAUAUACACCCAAAAAAACACACACACACACUCAUACGCAUUGCUCAUUAGUUUCGUUUCGGUCAAGCCGGACCGCAGUGGUGCUUGCCCCGCCGUGAAAAUGGGGAAAAGGGGGCACAGCGCCACUGUACAGGUCGUUUGCGGUUUGCUUUUGGUAUAAAAAGUUCCUCCUCAAUAGUUCGCGAUAAAGUAAAAGAAAAUGAAAAGAGAAGCAAAACAAAAAAACAAACAAAGCAAAAUCAACAAAGUAAAAAAAAUCAAAACAAAGUGUAAGGAUAAUACAAAACGAAUGGAAAGGAAACUCCCCGUUUUACACAUCACAACAAAAUUGGUUCCAUAAUCACAUUUUUUGACGAAAACGAACGCCAUCAACUAACCUGGUGUUUCAGGGAGUCGAAGAAGAUCGCGAGGAUCGAUCUGGGAUCGUUUUCGUUGUUGGGUUUGGAAUUGAAUGGAUUGAAUGAAGGGUGGGGAAAACUGAGUUGGACAAAAAACAAAACUCUCAAAACAGCAAACGCGGUUUGCACAGUUGUGCCAAAAGUCCACCUUUUUUCGCCAAUUUGUGGGUAGCGGGAAAAUUAGGAAAAUUGCAACAAAAAAACACACACACGCAAACGCAAGGUAGCAACAAAAAUCAAAAUUCGUUUUUAAGUUUUAGUUAUAGCUUCUAAUUUUGUACGUGGGGGGGUUUACCGGGUUACGCUUAAGUUGCGACUGGCAAAGUGUUAAGAGGCAAAAGGUCUGUUUAGUUCCGUAAGUAGGAGGGGUUUUUAGUUAUUUUUCGUUUGUAGUAAUGUCGUGGCUGAACUCCAGCAAACAACAAAUGGUGCGGUUAUCUAUUAAUAUUAUUUUUCUUUAUUUUGAAAAUAAAACAUAUUUAAACGCUUUUUCAUGCAAAACAACAACAAAAAAUACAUGAAAUUGCGCCAAAAUGAAAACGUGAAAACAUGAAACUACUUUUGUGUUUGUUUUUUCUUUAUUUCUUUAUUAAUUUUAUUCCUUUUUUAGUAUUAAGAUUUAGGUGUGCUAAAAAGUCUCUUGAGUUAUUUUUUUUUUUUUGGGUCGUUUUUUAUCAUUUGUACACAACUCACACCUCGCUUCGAGAGGGCUCAACAGUUGUCUUCGAUUGUGUUCACCUUCUUUCUUCCCCUUACCAGAAAUUAAAAAAAAAACAAGAAACCCACUUCUUUCCACCUCAUCAACUUCCACCCAAGCAGGGAAGGCAAAGCCUACAAGUGUAACAUGAUGCUCAACUUCCUAACCUUCCUAAAUUCCUCCUUCCCGUGACAGGCAAAAAAGGGUUUCCUGCACAGUGUUAGAAAAGCCCAUAAAUUCCUCACACCCGCCUCCCAACCGAUGGUGGGAGAUUGUGGGUCGAUUAAGGAGACAUGUUUUACAUACACACACCCCGCUUGACCUAACCGUGUUUCCCUCCCCCCAGGGGGAUUUUCCGGUGGCAAAAGCGUUCGAGUGGAGCACAGAGGGACUGUCCGGAGGCUUCGAAAUCCCUUUCAGGGUGUGUAGUGAUUUUCAUUCAAUAAAAUAACAAUUUGCUGUGGAUUUGCCGGCAUGUCGGUCCGAUUGCCGGACGUUCGGACAAGCGUAGCCAAAAAAGGAGAAAAAAGGGACUCACAAAGGGUUGUUUUUUGGUCAGUGCAAAUAUUUUAACCCCUCGUACUGAGUGAAAAGGGUUUAUUGUGAUGAUUUCUUGAUAAGGGUGUGAAUUAGGAGGCAGCACCCCGAAAAGGCGUAAUUUACACCACGCGUUCUUUUUUGUGUUUAUGUGAGUCUCGGGAAGACAGAAGACUGACAUUUUUGGGGAAGGAUUGAAUGCAAUUAAAGAAUGAUCCUGGAAGUUCAUGUCUUCACAGGGAUAGAAAUUGAUCCUAUUAAUAGGUCGAUAGGUGGAAGAAACAUGUUGAUAAAGGUUAAUAAUGGUUCUGAUUGAUUUGUUUCCUUUCUCACUCUCUUUACUGCUCUCUUUGUAAAGCAUCGAUCCUCACGGCCCAAUAUGCAUUCGGAAGAAACACCGAUUUCCCAUUUCAGGGACAUGAGCCAGUUCCUUGAACAUUGUAGCAGAAUGAGUGUCUGCAACACAGACAACAGCAUUUGCAAAAUCGUUCACCAACCAAGGCCAAUCAUCCCAAACUGUUGGCCAAUCGACCAAACCGCUCCGAUUUUAUUUGCAAACCUGGCCCAAAACCCUAGCCCUAGUGCAGUCCUCCCUCUGUGAGUCCCUCCGCAUCGCUCCAAUUGUGUGGCCAUAAAUAUCGACAAAAUAAACCAUAAAGCAAUCCACUGUGUCUCGCCCGCAUCACAUUCCCCCGGGGUUGGUACAAACGUUUUACAAUCCCCCGAGAGAAGAUGCAAAGGCCCCGUUGUCCUUGAGUUCCUUUUCUUUCUUGUUUCUUUCGUCGUUUCGUGUUGCUUCCUUUGCUUCUCAUCUGGUGGUGUAAAUAAUUACAUGCAUUUAAACUGGACCAAAGACACACGGCCGAGACAGAACAUGCACAGAUUUGGUGAGGACAUUUGGUUGGUACGAGCAGUUUGCUGGUGGUGUCGUUGUGUGCUGUCAUGCUGCAAUACUGGACACAAUCCGGGGGUUUUCGUGGCAGGUAACGUAAGGCUCAAAACGGUCUAAAGAUCCUGCUGAGAAAAGUUGAGUAGGAAAAAUGAGUCCCUGAAACACACACAACAGUUCUGUUUUAUUCAAUUCAAUCCAUCAAACGUAAACAGAGACCUAAAUUUUCAAAAAGAAAAACAAAAAAACAGUUCAAUGGGGAAUGUCGCUCAGCUGUAAAUAGUUAAGCCAAAUUUUAAAUUCCCUUUCCAAAUAUGUGUCAGUGGUCAACAAAAUAGUUAAAAUACACGCGCGCACACACACACCCACACAUCAGACACACAUUAUACAUGAUGGUACAAUUUAAAUGCUCGAUGUUUGGUAGAGUUCCACCACAGUGGAAUACGACUAUAUAAUUGUUAAUGUUUAAUAGCGCGUGGACGGGUAAGGUAAUGCCGCACACGCGCACAACUAGAUAAUGUAAUAAGGUAAUAAGGCCAAAUAAAUGAAACCUGUGUCCCUCCUAAUGAGCAGUCACUUAAAGAUGAUUCAAAUGAACGGGAAGGUGCAUGUUAGUAUCUAUACAUAAACAAAAGGUGCAAUGUUUUAACCCAUUUCUGUUGCUGUUUAAUUUAUUUAGAAUCAAAAUUUAGCUUAAGCCCUUUCUUAUUCUUUUAAACAAAUUGGGCGAAGAAGUUAUCAAUUAGUUGAAAUCCCAAAUUAAACCAAAAAUUUAGAUAUAUUUAACAAUUAUAAAUAAAUGUACAAUAAACCAUCCAAACAAAAGAUAACAACCAUAUUCGUAGCACAAAAACAAAAACAAAA